AUGAAGAUACCCUUUAUUGCCGCGAUAUUAUUGCUGUGUAAUGCUGAAUGGAAUAUUGAUAAUGCAUGUGAGGUUAUUAUAAGUUCAGAAGGGUCAGUUGAAGUUAGCGUUUCUUCUAAUCCAACAACAGGCUAUAGUUGAUAUAUAGACCAAAGUUCAUUAGGACCAUUAUAUACUGAUAAUUUAGAAGGAAACUAUACUCCAAAUUCCACAGACGUUGUUGGCUCUGGGGGCACUCAAACCUUUACUAUAUCCUGUACAAUUGAUUGCAAAUAUAUUAGCGCAGCUGAUGUGCAGUUUUACUUGAAGAGAUCUUGGGAACCAGAUGCUAAAGAAUAUAAAUGCAUAUAUUUUUAUAUCACUCAAUAA